GUCAGGUCAUGAUGACAGUGUUGUGUUAGAUCUGUGCUGGAGAUGCUGGAUGGUGUGAUGUGCCGCAGGUCCGCAGUGGUACUGCUCAUGAUGAUGCGUGUUUAUCUCACACCUCCGCUGUCACUUCCACCAGCAGCAUCAGCAUCACUGCAGCAGUGGAGCAUUUCUGACAGUGAGCUCCUUAAUCGCUCUGUUUGCAUGACAUGUGUAUACCUCCCACCCCGCCCCACCACGGCCCUAACCUGUGUGUUGCGGUGCUUCCCUUGUGAGCCGACCUGGGCCGGCAGCCCCUUCUUGCACCGCCCGCCGACCCGGCCCAUGGUCACCAUGACGCGCUCCAAAACUUUCCAGGCAUACCUGCCCAGCUGCCACCGCACCUACAGCUGCAUCCACUGCAGAGCACACCUCGCCAACCACGACGAGCUCAUCUCCAAGUCCUUUCAAGGAAGUCAAGGCAGAGCAUAUCUGUUCAACUCGGUGGUGAACGUAGGAUGUGGUCCUGCAGAGGAGAGGGUUCUGCUCACGGGCCUUCAUGCAGUGGCAGACAUCUACUGCGAAAACUGCAAAACCACCCUGGGGUGGAAAUAUGAACAUGCCUUUGAGAGCAGUCAGAAGUACAAGGAAGGCAAGUUCAUUAUCGAGCUCGCCCACAUGAUCAAGGACAACGGCUGGGACUGAGCGGGCGUCCUGGAGAGAGCGGCGGGUGGAUGGUGAAUGUGUGGGUGAAGGACUCACUUUGGUUCGCCAUUACACUCUUAAACCCUCUUCUACCCUCCAUCUCCUGCUGACACACACACCCUUAGCCGGAAACGAAACCAGGAGAGCGGGCCGCCCCGGGGGGCUUUGUGUGUCUGGAGGAGAGCGUGUGCAUGUGUGUGUGUGUCCGCUCCAGCACAUGGGAGCACACUGAGAUACAUGAAUGCAUACACAAAGUGUACAGACAUAGGUAUGUUAAAACAACAGCAUAUCGCAUGUCACGCUCAUCUCAGCCUGAUGGUUUAAACUACAAGCGGCUCUAUUCAUACUUGUAUAUGACAUACGGCAGGGCUCAGAGGGCGCAUUGUGCUUGGAAGGAUCUAGGUCACGAGUUUGCUGAGCUGAUAGGGCUUUCUCCACUUUGUGUCAGUGAGAAACUACCAGGCUGACCUUUCCAAAUUCAGAUUGGUGCCAGAGAGGAGGACUGGCAUGGAGAAAUCUCUGAAUGGAGCUCUGAUGGACCAACAAACAGGGCUUGAAGGAGUAGUUUAUCCAGAAAACUAAAUUAAUUUCUUUCAAAAUGGGGAUGAGUUUGUUUCUUCAUCGGAACAGAUUUGGAUAAAUUUAGCAUUAUGUCACUUGCUCCCCAAUGUAUUCUCUGCAGUGAAUGGGUGCCGUCAGAGUGAGAGUCCCAACAGCUGAUAAAAACAUCACAAUAUUCCACAAGUCAUUUGUGGGGGGAUUUGCUUUGAUGGAUUUGUUUCUUAGAAACACACAGCUUUUCACUUCACAAGAUGUUAAAUAAUGGACUGGAGUCGUGUGGAUUAUUUGUGGAUUAUUGUGAUGUUUUUAUCAGCUGUUUGGACUCUCAUUCUGACGGCACCCUUUCAUUGCAGAGGAUUCACUUGGUGAGCAAGUGAUGUGAUGUGAUGCUCAAUUUCUCCAAAUCUGUUUUGAUGAAAAAACAAACUCAUUUAGAUUCUGGGUGGCCUGAGGGUGAGUAAAUUUUCAGCAAAUUUUCAUUUUUGAGUGGAUUAUAUGAGAAUUAUUUCUUUAAAGUGCUCCUAUUAUGCCAUUUUUACAGUUCCUAAUAUUGUUUUGGGAGUCUCCUACAAUAGGAUUACAUGGUCAAAAAAACAUUGAAAUUUUCUCAAAAUUUGCAUUUAAUAUCACCUCAUUUUCCAACGAUUCUUAAAUGAUUCGUUCGGUUCAAAGAUUCGGACUCUCUAAACCGCUCCUUACCUUGAGCCUGCUCUGCUCUGAUUGGUCAGAUGGCCUAGUCUGUUGUGAUUGGUAUACCGCGUACAGCGCGUGUUGUAAACAAUACAUCUAUUUCAGUAGUUCUGUAUUUUGAACAGUCUAUAGAAAAUGUAAACAUCUAUUAUUUAUAAUACUUACAGGUGGGUUGUGAUUCGGUGGAGCAGCUGGUCCAAAUAAACCAGAUACUGAUCCGUCUUUCAACAGCAAGCAUUUUGUGAAUCCAUCAUUGAACUCCCUGAAAUUAAAAUUAGGAAUUAGAAUUAGGCGUGCAUUAUGCAUGGAGACGUCACGGAAGUGGGAUUCAAAUUACUAAUGACUCGUUUCAGCUAUACAGAGCCGAUUCUGUGUUGAGGGAGGCAAUAACUUUAUUUAACAUGCACUUUCAGCUUCACAACAUUACAGAUCGCUUACAUUCACAUAAAGCUACAUUACACACUGCAUGAAAGGCAAUAUUGGAAAUGGCACAAUAGGGGCACUUUAAACCAUCUAAGAAAGGUCAAGUUUACCAUCAUGCUUUCUGCAUAAAACUACCAUCUUACUGAUUUUGGAUGAAACAUGAAUUAAAUGAAUGUAAACCUUUGUGUAUAGCAGUUUACAAGGUGUUGCAUCUGAACAUCUUUGUGUCUGCGUUCCAUGUUCCAACAGUUUGUGCUGUUCUCAGUCUCACUGUGUUCAUUUGUACUGACUGUUCUUGCUUGUUAGUGGACUCCUUGGGGUAAUAAGGACAUAAGGACAAAAGAUGAGACUGUACACUGCCUACCCAUUAGGUUCUUUAAAAUAAAUACAGAAUUCAUCAUAGCUCCUCUCAAUCUCCAAAAAUCACCAAAGAUCCAACUGCAAAUUAAUUGACUUAACAAAACUGGCUUUUUUGUUUUAUUGGAGUGCAGAGAAUGGUAUCCUGUGGGAUUGUGUGUAGUUGAAAAACAAGCUUCUUGACAUGUUUUACCGACACAUAAUUUAAAUUACAUAUGGUGAUAUAUAUGUGCAUUAACAUAUUUAUUCACCAUAACUGAUUGUUAUCUGUGUCAAGGAUUAAAUUGUUGCAUUUGUUAUCUGAGCAUUAUCAUACUAUAUGUCUGGACACCAAACUUUACUACUUUUGUAUUCCAGUUAGAAGUUUCAGCUGUAGUGUAUUUUAUACAUGGAUGAGAAGAGGAUAAUGUUACUGGAACUCCAAUCAACAUUGAUAUAAAAUGUCAAUAAAACUAAAAAAAAUA